CAUUUCUAUUCGUGACCGCCACGUGUCCACUAUCGGGAUAGAUGUAAUGGAAAGCUAAAGCCUCCCCCUUAUAAUAGAAGCUGCCGUUCAGCAGCUACCAAAAAGGAGGCGGAGAACAAAAUAAGCGGAGAAAGAAAAACCGAGAAUGGCGUCGCUCUGUGCUGUAGCGCGACUGCGGCUUCCUCCGCCUUCACAUCAUCACAAGUUUCCUAGUCGGCGGCUGAGUCAGAAUCGCCACCAUCAGCAGCAGAAGGAGGUUGUCUAUCCUCUCCUUGCCACAUUCGAUUCCCCCCAAUCGGUCAUCUUUCCCAGGUCCAAAUGCGUCAUGGGACUGCAACGGAGGCGGCGAAAUGGGUCCGCCGUCGUGUGGGCGUCUCCAUCCUCCAACUCCGAUCCGGCACCGACGACGAAGGACGCUAAAGAGGAAGGCGGCGGGCAGGGUCCUCCAUUGCUCACAAUUCUAGCUGGGUUUUUGGUGUUCUUAGGGUUUUGUUGGGUAGUAGUUACUAUUGGUACAUGGUUGUUCAACCUCAUUGCCUUUCCCCCUCCUCCGAAAUAGGCAUUAGCCGUCUUCUCAACUUUGUUGCAGCUCUCUGGUUUCUGCUUUUUUGUUGAUGUCUAAAGUUAAUGUUAAGGAAAUGGAGCUACCAUGCCAUUCCAUGGCUUUCUCCUUUCUAGUUGGAUUGCAUUCUUGUGCAUUGGGUGCACCCCACAAGACAUUUAACCCCAAGCCAAAAUCUUUGGCGUCAUAGUAUAAUAGUAAAAGAGUCUUGAACUUUGACCAUAAUAAACGAGGAAGUUCUGAAUCAGGUUCACUCUCUUGUAAUUUCAAUCCGACAUUAUAGUAUAUGAUUCGAGUUCGACCCGUCUAAGCAAUGAUUGAUACAGAAUGAGUAGAUGAUUAGCAAGAAGGAAGCAGUUGUUGUACAUUGGGAAGGAAGAAUCAAUUGGAAUUCGAGUUGGGAUGAGUGUUGGAACUUUCUUUAAGAGCAUGAUCAUGGUCUUCUCCACUUCCUGCAGGUGACGACGAAGAUCCCCCAGUGAAGUUCUUUCUCUCAUCGGCGCUUGCUGUGAUGACGGGCAUCCAUACAUCUGCAGUGCCGCUCAAUAACGACAGCACUUGUGGGUCGGAAGCCAUUGCCGA